CAAUUUUCACUAUUUCACCAUUUGAGAAAUAGUAGAGAAUCUCUUCAACAAGACUUGUCGACUAUUUUCUCUCUUACUGAAUGCAUUGAUAUAAAUACGAUUGGAGAGUUAUCAUAGAGAAGGAGGAGAAGAAGAAGAAGAAGAAGCAUAGAUCAUAAAUCAAUAUUUUUUAUAAUUGUGCCCAAUUGUCAGCCUACUACUUAUUUCCAUAUUCAAUCAGUUGACCAUUGAUUCUAUCUUCUAAAUUCUUGCAUCGUUUCUAUGAGUAAAUGAUCACUUUAACCAUUUCAUUUGUUUCAGUAUGUUAUCAAAUAAACUGGCCAUUAUAACACACUGUUCUUUAACUUUUCCAGAUCUCUUAUUGUAUUAUUAAUUAAAAUACCAGAAUUAUCCAAAACUAUUGCAAAACGUUAUCAUGGUAUAUAAUUGUUAAUAAUGAAAUGGUUGAAUCAAGUUACUAAUAAAUCAAAUGGAUUGGUUAGUAAAAAUAUCAGCAUGGAAACUACACAAACAAUACUGGAUAAGAAUGCAGCUUAUAGACAAUCGUUAAAACAACAAAUUAAUCUAAUCAAUGAAUCGCAAAUUCCUACAACGAAAGAAGAAAAGCCAGAAAUGAUAAUCAAUAGAAAGAAAACACUUGAAAAUAAGAAUAUGAAUGUAAAACAAGCAGCGAUUAUUAUCCAGUCAAAUUGGAGAGGUUACUCUGAUAGAAUGAAAAUAAAACGUAUGAAUGAAAGCAUUGGAAUUUUACAGCGACAUUUUAGAGAACGUCAAUUGAAAAAAUUAGAAAAUGAGCAACAAAUUCAACUUGAAAAAGAAUCUCAGAUUAUGAUCACAAAAAAUCGUCAUAAACGUUAUCGUGAGAAGUUAGAAACAGAAAUUAAAUUAUGGUCAAGUUUACCUGGUUGUUUAGUUGAAAAUGAAUGGAAUAAAGAACGUGAAUUAGCUGCUAUAUCUAUUCAACGAUAUUAUCGUGGUUACUAUGUACGAAAAUAUUUGAAAAAUCAACGAGAUUAUUUAAAACGUGAUAAAGCUGCUAGAAUAAUUCAAUUGAAUUUUCGUAAAUAUUUAUCACGUAUAGAAUGUGCAUCGUCUGGAAAAGGUGUAUCUAACAUAGAUUCAAUAGAGAAUAACUUAAUCAAUAAUAAAAAGUUGGAAAUCACUAUGAAGAAAGUUCUCAAAGAACAUCAAAAAUGGUGUGAAACACAUCAGCAAAGUAUGAGACCAAUCAAUCAAUUAGAAGAUGUCCAUAAAGAGACUCAAGUCAAAAUUGAUCAGUAUCGUCGUAAUUAUCGAGUUAACAGUAUUAAAAGUCAAACUAGACAAGUGACAUUAACAAGAAUGAAGAUCGACGCCGAUUUACUGUUGAAUGAGUUCACUGACGAAGAAAAAGGAGAAAAUGAUAAAGAUAAACAAUUAAAAAAUGGAAUAAAACUCAAGAAAACAACAGCACUAAAUGAAAUAGUUGAUAAACAUAUUGAAAAUUCUGAUAUAACUAAUGCAUUUAGUCAAUUCACUUGUCGAGUUCAACCACUGACACGUUUAGCUCAAAUGGAACAUCAUGAUAAAAUGAUAAGAAUGAAUUUAAACAAAUCAUGGUGGAAUAUAUUCAUGGAUGAAUGGAGAAAGAAACAAGAUGAGUAUAUACUAUCGUAUAAUAAAAAUUGCUCAAAUUUGAUAGAUACCAACGUUACUAAUUUAAAUGUUGAUAAUGAUGAUUUAUCAUGGUUACCUGAUCGAUUUAUUGAAGAAUUGGAGAGUCGGGAUAUUUUUUAGUGACGGUGGAGAAGAUUUGUAGCUCAGGUGGAUGAUUUUGGUGGUGUUUUGUUCUCUGAGCUGUAUGGUUUGGUCGUGGA